AUGGCUUCACUUACACCGGCUAACGAGGCGGAAGAACAAGUCGAAAAUUUGCAUACUAAAUUGGCGACUAUUUUCGGCUCGCCGUCCGAAACUGUUUCAUCCGUGUGCUAUUCAAUCGAAAUAUCGGCCAAAGAUGACUUCGAUAUGGAACUGUUGGAGCAGCUAUCGCCUCAGCCAAUUUUCUGCUCCUUUCCCUGGAUUUCCGACGAAACGCUACGGUACGAGGAUAACUUUCCUCAGGCUCCAUCCCUACGGUUGAGCAAAGAGCUCCAGAAAGCCCGAUACACCGUAGUAAACCAUCUGUCCUGCUACAACCUAACGGAGCAGCAGGUGGAAAAGUUUUUAGCUACGGGCGUGCGGAAUCUUUUCAUCAUUCGCGGUGAUACCGUAACGCCCGGGCAGCGGUUCCGGAACGCGGCCAACUUGGUGCAGCAUCUGCGGGAUCGUGAGCAAGCGAACGGCGGUGGCGUCAAACUGACGAUCGGAGUUGGUGGCUAUCCCUACGGCCAUUCGCAGUCCCGAUCGGACACGGAAGAGCUGCAAUAUCUUCAGGCAAAGGUUGCGAUCGGAGUCGAUUUUCUGCUCACCCAAACGCUGUACGACGCGGACUCCUUCUUCCGGUAUCGGGAGCGUUGCCGGCAGGUCGGCAUAACCAUCCCGAUUAUUCCCGGCAUCUAUGUUCCUCACUCGUACCAGCACCUACAAGCCAUGCUGAAGAUCACGAACAUAACGUUGCCGCCACUUUUACGUGCCUCCUUCGACUCACACGCCGACGACACACCGGACCAGUUCGAGGCGUUUGUGGUGGACCAUUUCGUUGGGGUCGUGCGGAACUUGUUGCAACCAAACGUUGCCACGAACGAACCCGUUCGUUUAGUUCACUUUUUCACCUUCAACAAGUUAAGACUGCUUCAACAGGUUCUCUUUAAACUGAAAAAUAUAUUGUGA